AAUCGAAUAAUCCUUCCUACCUUGUUGACUCCGUCGAUGGCGGCGCGGAGACCAGGAACCUCGGCUUCUUCUUCACCCACGAUGUCUCCGUCGCAUCGGAUGAACAGCGGCGGAGCAGGAAUCUCGGGCAAAAGCACGCUACGGAAGCAAAACGCCGUCGAGCAGGAAUCAGCCAACCCAAACAAUAUUCUAGUUAGAACCAUUAUGGCGAAAACGAAAAGGAAGAAGAUUGUAUUUCCCACAAAGAAAGAAUUGUCGGAGGCUAUGGCCGAGUACACGGCCAAUCUCUCCGCCAAGUUCUGCAAGGCGAGAGGUUACUUCACCGUAGUUCUUUCCGGUGGCGACCUCAUCUCUUGGCUCAGUGAAUUGUUGGAACCAAUGUAUCAAGAAAGCAUCGAAUGGUCAAAGUGGCACAUUUUUUGGGUGGACGAGAGAGUUGUUCCAUUAGACCAUAAGGACAGCAAUUACAAACUCGCUUUUGAUGGUUUUCUCUCCAAGGUUCCAAUUCCAAUUGCGAACAUAUAUGCAAUCGACAAAGACUGUGCAGCCCUUGGUGAUGCCAAAGGUGCCGCAUUACUCUACGAGGAAUGCCUCAAAAGACUGGUGAACCGAGACAUCAUCCGCACAUACAAAUCCUCGGGCUUCCCUCAAUUCGAUCUCCAACUCCUAGGGAUGGGUCCAGAUGGUCACAUGGCAUCUUUGUUCCCGGGACAUUAUCAGAUCAAGGAGAAGGCAGAUUUGGUAACUUAUAUCACCGAUUCCCCAAAACCGCCACCAAAGAGAAUCACCUUCACUUUACCGGUCAUUAACUGUGCUUCCUAUAACCUCAUGGCCGUAUGUGAUGAGGCUCAAGCUGAUGCGGUAGCUAAGGUUUUCAACGAUAACUUCGACUUGCCUGCUGCUUGGCUCACAGCUGACGUAGAAGCCGUCUGGUUUCUUGACCAAGCCGCUGCAUCCAAGAUCCCGAAAGGACAUUGAUGUUCGGUUCUCUUCUAUUUGUAUGGUUUCUGGUUUUUCUUUUAUGAUUUUCAAUAAAUGCUGUGUGUUUGG